UGAGAGAACCAGUUAAGUUCUUUGAUAGCUUGUGAACGGCGAUACUUUUUUUUAAGUCUGCGACAAAAUCACCACCGCCGGAAAAUUAUGCCGACGGGAUGCGAAUUUCCGAAGAUUGAAACCUUCGAGAGUGCUCCUUCUGCCGCCGACUUUGAGUCUGGCGUCGAGCUCACCAACUUCCCUGGAGUUUUCCGAGGAUGUGCUAGUGACUGGGCUGCCUGUUCUAAGUGGAAUCCAUUCAACAGUGGCCUCGAUUAUCUGGAGGAACGUGCAGGUUCAGUUGAGGUGGAGGCAAUGCUUUCGAGAACGGCUCCGAUCUUCAAUGGUGAUAUCAGAAGCCACGAGAGGGUAUCAUUGCCGUUCUCGAGUUUUAUCGGAUUCUGCAAGCAGCAUUUGAGAAGCCAAGGGAAUGGUUCCGAUGUUGAUGCUAUGUCUAGUUGCCCGGUGCCGGAGGACCAUAUACCUGGACAAAUAUACCUAGCACAGUUUCCAAUUUUGAAUGAUGAGAAAGAAAAGAAGGUUCAACUCAAGAUUCUGGGACAAGACAUUCAGACGCCCACACUCUUAGAGGGAAAGUCACUGUCUUCUAUAAACUUUUGGAUGAAUUCUGCACAAGCUCGAUCAAGUACCCACUAUGAUCCGCAUCAUAACCUCUUAUGCGUAGUCUCUGGGCGUAAGAAAGUUGUCUUGUGGCCCCCUUCCGCCAGCCCCUCGCUCUAUCCGAUGCCUAUUUACGGAGAAGCGUCAAACCAUAGUUCGGUUGGUCUAGACAAUCCGAAUUUAUCAGAUUAUCCAAGAGCAGAGCAUUCCCUGAAGCAGUCACAGGAGGUUAAUCUUAACGCUGGUGAUGCAGUUUUCAUUCCUGAAGGUUGGUUUCAUCAGGUUGAUAGUGAUGAGCUGACUAUUGCUGUCAACUUUUGGUGGCAAUCAAACAUUAUGUCUAACAUGCCUGAACAUAUGGAUUCAUAUUACCUGCGGCGAAUUACAAGAAGAUUGAUAGACAGAGAAAUGAGCCUGUUAGUUUUGAAGCCUUCUUCAGCUGAUUUGAAGCUACCGUCUGAGCAUAUUGACCAAUCUCACAGUGGUCAGGCAGAAGAUGGGAAUGAGAACUCAAGCAAUGAAAGCAUUGAGAAAGGCAUCAGCACAUCACGUGAAAAAACGCUGCUGCAUGAUCUUGAUCCUUCUGCUUGCCAGGCACUUCAUGAGCUUAUUUCCUUAGUCCAUGACCACGUUAAUGCUGUUGAUACAAGUAGGGGACUGCAGCACACUUCACCCAGCUGUUCAGACCCAGCUUCGGAGAGCGACAAUAGCAAGAUCCUGGUGAAUCGUUUAGAAGAUGAUUCCGUUGCGCAUGUGCUUUGUAAUCUUGAAGCAUCUAAACUUCGGGAGGUUCUCCUAGCAAUGGCACGUUACUUCCCAAGAACCUUAGAAGCAUUAAUACUCCACAUGCUCUCACCUGUUGCUGCGGAAGUCCUAACACAGAAGUUUGAUGAGAUUGACCAACAGACUGGUGAAGAAGAUAGGAACCAAUUCUAUCGGGAAUUUUAUGGUGCGUUCGAUGAUGAAUCAGCUGCAAUGGAUAUAAUUUUAAGUAAGAAAGAGGCCUUUGCAUUUCAGGUCUUUAAGAAUGUACUAGACAAGUAUUUGGGGGUCAACAUUGCUUCACCAACAACAAACAUAUGAAGCGUGCGUCUCUCGGGAGUGUGGUCAUGUGUUCUGGCCUGAUGAAUGUGAUCCGACUAUUGCUAUCAUCAAUAUGGAAUAGGAAUAUAAAAUUUGUUGCUGUUGAUAUUUGAAGGUCGUGCUCAGGUCAUUCUCAUUGGCUUUUCUUCUGCCAACAAUUAGGAUUCCUAGUUUUUGUAUCGUCUUCUCCUUAAAUAGGUGAAUUCUGUGGAAAUGGAGUCUUUAUUGCUAAGUGAGGUUGAUGAUCUACACAUUAGGAGACCUAAAAAGCAACCUUCGUGUUUUAUGAGAAUCUAAGUCUCUUUCUGCUCAA